UUCAACUACUUUGCAAUGUGUAUUUAAAAGAUAGACGAAAAAACGGUUCAAACACGUUCACCAAUGGUUAAAAAUAAAUUAUAAAAAAAGACAAUUCGCACUUGAUCUCAAUUCAUUGUCGAGAGCAUAGUGAAAGUCGAUUUUUAAUUAAAACAGUCAUCAGAGUGCAUAUUGACAUUUUGAUUGAUUCUGACUAUUUUUCCACUAUUCCAUUCCGCGAAUUGACGCAAAUAAGCCACCGCCACCGCCACCAUGGACGUGCCAAAAUUGAAUGUGCUUCUUUUAAUUGUUGUUUUGGUUAACAUGUUAAGUACCAUCCAAACUAUGGAAGUGAAGUGCGUUGACAAACUCAAUAAACGCCUUUCGAUAUUCAAAGACGAAGAAAAUCAUACAAAUCCAUAUCUUGAUGUUGACUUUAUGAUUGCCGACAAUCAUUGUUUCAUCGAUGAGAAAAUCACAUUGGAUGAUAAUGAACUGCUCAGCAUUUUAUCGCCAAACACUGAACAAAUAACGUCAAUCACAUUUGCCACACCAUCAACAUUGCCCAAAUUUCCCAUGGUGAUAUUUGCAACAUUUUCCAAUUUAAUGGAUGUUCAUUUGGUAUUCACUGGAAUCGAAGUAAUUGAAGAAGAUGAUUUUACAAAUGCCACGAUGCUUAAGCGAUUACGAUUAGAACAAAACAAUAUAAAACACAUAUCGAAGACGGCAUUUGGAAAAGCACUUAAAAUCGAAUCACUUGAAUUGCCAGCCAAUGGCAUUCAUGAAAUUGAUGAUUAUGCUUUUGCUAAUUUACAAAAUUUAACCAAAUUGGAUUUGCAACAAAACAAUUUGACCGUUAUACGAGAGCAUAUUUUUUCGGGCGCUUACAAUUUAAACGAAAUCUUUUUGAAUGAAAAUCAAAUUCAAAUUGUUGAAGACGGUGCAUUCUAUUUGGAAAAAUUGUCUCGCAUUUAUUUACAAGACAAUCAAUUGAAAACAUUAUCGCCGAAUUUGUUGACUGGUACACCAUUUUUAUAUGGUAUUGAUAUAAGCAAUAACCAAUUGGCAACGGUUCAAGGGAUAUUCGAUAAAUGCCCCAAUUUGACGAUAAUCGGUUUGAAUCACAAUCAAAUUGAAUUUCUUGACUUAAUCGAAUUGGCAAACAUUCCAUCGCUCAUGGUACUUUCGCUUGAGGAUAACAAAAUCACAUUUAAUGUGAAUGAAACUUUACGAAAAAAUCUACGACCAUCAAAAACACAUUUGGAGUAUAUAAAUUUGGAUUCGAAUAAUCUCGCAUCGCCGUCCAUUUUAAAUGAAUUGAAUGUCUUUCAUCGAUUAAAAUUCUUAGACUUGGACAAUAAUAAAUUAACAAAGAUUGACAAUUUUAAGGAAAUUCGCUCAUUGUUUCCACAUUUUAUCCAAAUGAAUAUGAAUAAUAAUCCACUAAAUUGUGAUUGGCUCGAAGAUGCUUGGCCAUUCAUUGAAUCGGAAGGCAUCAUUUUCAAAGCCAUUGAAAGUGACAAAGAUGACAGAAAGGAAAGCAACAAAUUUUCAGCCGGAAAUCAAAAGAUAGUGCAUAACAUAACAUGUAACAUUGAAGAUUUUCCUAUUUCAAGCAAAUAAUGAACAACGAAUGAUUCGGACCAUUCCAGACAAUUCCGGAAAACAUAAAAAUCAUUUGCUUCGAAUGCAAAAAUUUAUUGGCUUGUGCACGUGUGCUUACACACAUUGUAAAUAAUAAUAAACUAACUUUCUCACAGAGAUCUUUAUUACGCGUCAAA